CCCGCUUUGAGAGGAAGAGCAUUUGGUUGAUGAUUUGAGUUCAAAUUUAUAUGUUUCAUUUUUAUGUUCCACAUUCCGUGUGUGCGAGUACCAGAAACUCCUAAGUCCAACUUUGAAAACUUAUUCUCCCAUAUGUUGCGAAGGAUUGUGGUUUACUUUCUGGUUUCUUUGUGGGAUCAAUCUGAUUGCAUACAAUUGCCUAUUCAAGGGAAGAAGCAUGUAAUAAACUAAUUUGAAAAAAUGUGUAAAUAUGCUUUCAACAAUGCAUUCAAUCAUUUGGAACCCAAACUUUGCCUGACUCUGUGGAUUGCAGCAGUUUUUUAUGCUACCUACCAGUUUGCAUUGGCCAGCCAAAAUUGUAAUACAAAAAACACUAUAGGUUUGUUCCAACUUGUCAAAACCAUCCCAUGAACGGUUUUGAAUCCACUCUGUAUACAAAUUUCGGGUUCUACUCACAAAUUUUUGGCUUUGCGCAGAAUCGUGAUGAUUUCACAAAUUACCACGAUUAUUAUGAAGACUUCACCACAGGCUGGUCGAUAUUAAACUACCCGAAAAAGGAUAAGGCUGAUUUUGAAUGGGAAACUUGUAGCUUUUAUUUAAAGGAAAUUUAUCCAGCUGUAAUUUGUUAUAUUCUGAUAUCGGAGUUCUGUAGGCAGUUGAAAUAUAAAAAAAUAAUUCAAAUACUAUACCCAUUAGGUUAUAUAACAUAUUUUAUGGGCUACAAAAUUGCUUUUGCAGCAUUGAUACAGCCAAUUCUGUUUUAUUUGGUUAAAACAAAGACAAAUAAACUCUAUGUUUGGUUAUGCAAUUUCAUUUGUCUGGUCUUGAUAGCUUUUUAUAAAAAUCUUAGUUCUAAUUUCUCUCCCAACACUGCUAACCAGGAUGUAAAUCAUUUUAAAGUUUUUUUGAGUACUUUAUUAAUUUCUUGGAUGAAUUUAAAAUGUACUCAUUUUGCUUUAAAUAAUUCAAUAUCAAAUGUUAUCGACUAUUUGGCUUACCUCUUUUAUUUUCCAACUCUUUUUACUGGGCCAUUUAUCAGCUAUGAUGAAUUCAAAAAAUGCUAUAACACAAGGACUUACAAACAGCUAGAUGUGAGGCUAGAAAAAUUAGCUGAAAAUCUCAUGAGAUGUUUGUUUUGGUAUAUAUUUGUUGAAUUCUCGUUGCAUUAUUUUUAUUUUAAUGCAGCUAUCUUCCAAUUAGAGCUUAUCAAAAAACUCAGUCUCUGCAGCCUUUGUGGCUAUGGUUACUUAAUGGGACAGUUUUUCCAUAUCAAAUACAUUGUUUUGUAUGGUUUAUCAACCAGCUUGGCAUCAUUUGAAAAUAUUCCAGUACCAAAUUUGCCCAGAUGCAUUGGCAGAGUGCACUUGUAUUCAGAUAUGUGGAAGUACUUUGAUCCUGGCUUACACAACUUUCUAAAGAAGUCAAUAUUUAUUCCGUGCCAAAAAUCAGGCCUUGGUAAACUCAAUUCCUCAUUCCUGUGCUUUAUUUUUGUAUUUAUUUGGCACGGCAUUGAAGACUACAUACUUAUUUGGGCCACAUUGAAUUUUAUUGGCAUCGCCUUGGAACAUUUUGCCAUUAACAAAUUACCGAAUAGAAGACUGAAAACUUUAUUUGCAGCCCCCUUAUUAGCGAUGUCAGCAGUGUCCAAUUUUUAUUUUUUUGCUGGCAAAGAUAUAGGGGAUGUUUUCGCAAGGAAAGCUUUAACUGAACCAUCUGUUAACAUAUUUCUGGUACUAAUAGCCCUGUACUGCUGCUGUGAUGUUUCAACGGAAUUGAGAAAUGUGAAUGCUCAUAAAAUGUGAUUUUUUUCAAAUAUGGUACAUAAUAUAGUUUUCAUAGUAAAACGGCUAAAUUUUGUUGAAAAAAAAGUUGAUUUUUCGUGUUUUUUAAAAUUGUAUAUUAUGUAAUGAUCAUGUAAUGAUACACGAGCAUGUUGCAUGCAUGUGUAUUAAUGGCAAUUGC